CAAUGUUCAUAGAAUCAAUUGAUCACUCAACUCCAAGAACAAUUGGAGAUAAUGAAAGUAAAAAUAUUUAUUCUAAUUAGUUUAAGAACAAGAAUAUGAUUAAAAAAUCAAUUAUAAACUUGAAGUUAGAAAAUCACAUCUACUCCAGUAGUUCUUGAGAUAUUAAGUUGAAAAUACACAAAAAAGUAUUGUAAAACUUAAAAAAAAGAUUUCUGAUGAUGAGGUAAUAAUAGAACUUACAUGUUAAUAUAUUAUUCUUUCUUCACUAUUAUAUUUAUAUAUUUGUAGUAAUUUAAUUUUAUUAGGUAAUAAAUAAACGAAUCUCAAGAAAAAAUUCAAUUACAAAACCAUUUAAAUGUUCAAUUUGCACUCACACUUAUUCCUCAAAAGCAGCCUUAAAAUAGCACUUAAAAUUGAAACAUUUUGAAGAACACACUCCAUUAACUCAACCUCUAGAUUAAUAAAAAUUAUUAGUUGAACCAUUAUCCCAAAUAUGAAA